AAUUCGACGGUUAGUGACGCCGAGGCCAGCAAAGGAGGCGUGUGCUGCUGCUGCUCCGCGGGGUCGUUCUCCUACAAAUAUACAGCGAAAUUCGCCGUAGAAACCCAAGCGACGUUAUAUCGGCAACGAUGUCCGAAGGCGACAACAAAAGCGUAAACCUGCUGGCUCAGGAAACAGCUCAGCUGGAGGAGCAGCUGCAGGGCUGGGGUGAAGUCAUCCUGGCCGGGGAUCGGAUUGUCCGCUGGGAGAAGCCGUGGUUCCCCGGAGCCCUGAUGGGUGGCACCACUGUGCUCUUCCUGCUGAUUUACUACUUGGACCCCUCAGUGCUGACUGGGCUCUCCUGCUCCGUCAUGCUGCUCUGCCUGGCCGACUACCUCGUGCCCACCCUCGCACCCAGAGUCUUCGGUUCCAAUAAGUGGACCACCGAGCAGCAGCAGCGUUUCCAUGACAUCUGCGGUAACCUGGUGAAGACCCAGCGUCGGGUCGUGGGCUGGUGGAAGCGUCUCUGUGCCCUCAAGGAGGAGAAGCCCAAAAUGUACUUCGCCUCAGUGAUCAGCAGCUUGCUGGCAGUGGCCUGGAUCGGACAGCAGGUGCACAACCUGUUCCUGACCUACCUGAUAGUGAGCUUCCUGCUGCUGCUGCCCGGACUGAACCAGCACGGCAUCAUCACCAAGUACACGUCCAUGGCCAAGAGGGAGAUCAACAAGCUGCUCAAACAGAAGGAGAAGAAGAACGAGUAGAGCGGGUCUGGAGGAGAAUCUCUGAAAGAGGAACCACCACACGAAGACGGGAGGUGGAAGGAAGUUGUUUGAAGAAGAGUGAGGAGCUUCAGCUUCCUCGCUCUGCCACACAGGAAGACACACGAUUUUUUUCUCUUUAUUUUCACAUGUUGGAUAAGUUUCAUUUCUCCAUGACACCCUUUGACAUUUCAACCUCAUCACCCACUUUUUUGUUUUCCUUGAGUUUGUCUCGCAUGAAACCACAAGUUUUUCUGAUAAUGUCACAUGUCCACACACAGUAUUGAAAACACACACACACACACAUAGAGGUGACAUCUUCCUUCUGUUUGUUAGCGUGUGCUGCAUUUUAAGAUGUCAGUAAUGCUUUAAGCCAUUCCCUCUACCUAGACAAAGUGACUACUGAGCAGUUUUUGUAGCAUUACUGCAUUGUUUUAAUCUCAGAUUCUUCACACCAUUUUUAUUUUCAGACACAUAAGAACAGGUCAUUUAAGUUGACCUUAAAUAUUUGCUUAUUCUGCUUUGGUUGUAAUAUUAUUUUUAUUUUAUUUUUUUUUUUAAGCGCUGAAAACAAAACUGGAUGUAAAGCGGAGCUCGUCAGGAGUGAAAACUGUAGAAACAAGCCUACUGCUGUACCGCUGCUAGCCAGACUCUGUGGUCUAUUAGCUCUUCUACAAACCCCUCAGUAAUACUGGUGUGGGGUGUCUCUGUAAAUAGACCCGUCCCUCACCCCGUCCCUCACCCCGUCCCUCACCCUGUCCCUGUCAGUCAACUUGUUUGCUGUUCUUAUUUAUGUGUUCUUUCCUCCUCAGUCCCUCUGUUUCUGGUCUGGUCGCCGUCUUCAACACAUUUCAUCUGUCUUUACUGGAGACCUUUAUGAAAAUGAAUAAAGUUUGAUCCAAAUGAA